AUGCACCGGCCUCUUCUCGUCAUCCUCCAUGGCCUCGGCCUGCAAGCCUCACCUGGCAGCCUCUCGUCUCUUUUCGACCCUUUGUCCUCUCGUCUCCCGGUCUGUCAAGCCAUGUCUUUCGCCCAUCCCACCUCGCGGCCUCUCGGCUUUCUCUCCAUGGCAGGCUCGGACUCCGACCACCUCACCCUCGUCGUCCUCGGCUGGAUGUGCAUCGCCUUCUUCGGCUUCUUUCUCUUUGCCGUCUUCUAUCAGGCCGUUCGCCGGUAUCGCCAACGCCGCCGUGAACGCCAGCGCGGGCAAGAGGAACGCAGGCCAUCGGGCGGCGACAAGGAGGACCUUCAUACGCGGUAUCUCCCGUCGCUCUCGCCGUCGGCUCAAGGGCCGUUCGUGGCAACGCCUUCAUGGGACCUCUCGACGGCCACGCUGGUGUCGGAUGCCACGAUUCGCGGUCUCGCGGCGUCGACGAAGGAGCGAGACUCGGUGCUGUGUCGUGCGAUCGGCCGGCUAGUGCAUCCAGGGAGUAAUGGGAAGAUUUUGUUGAAGCACCCACAACCUGCACAGCUGCGGCAGACGGACGUGCCCCCUGGAAGCCCCGAGACGCUGUGGAGUCAGCCCUCGCCGCUCCGCACCGGACACACUCCCAUGUUCGAGCGGUGGACGACGUCUCCGAUGGACUCCCCGGCACUCGAAACCCCGCCACAGGCCGUGUUGUCUCCCAUCCGGGAGUACGUGGACCUCCCGCCGUGCCUUAUCAGCUCCUACGGCACACCGAUGGCACGCCCUCACAUCGUCGGGCUCGGUUUCAGCGGCACCACUCCUUCCCCUCGGAACCUUCCUCCGCCCGUGCACGAUGUCGCCCAGAGAUCCCCGCACCCCCAGCUCGCGACGCCUCUCUCCACUCCCGACAGCCACGACCCGCGUGACGCUCAAGCGCAGCGCGGCUCCAUGCGCCGCAUCGCCCGCGCCCUCCGCCCGGACCCAAACGGCACCCCGCUCACCGGCGACACGUUCUUCGUGUCCCCCACCCAAGCAGCCCCGCGCGCCGCGCCCGAGCGGCCCACGACCGUCGACCCGCGCCUGCAGGCCAUCUGGGACCGCUUCGGGCCGAGCGGCGCGCAGAGCUCGGUGGAGGCGGCGAGCCUCGGGCGCGCGCUCGGCGGGUGGGUCGACCAGGUGGUGCGCGGCCCGGAGGAGCGCGACGAGGCGGGGGCGCGCCGCUCGUUGACGCAGGCGCAGAUGCAGGGGACGUGGAUCGGGCGGGAGAGUCGGACACCACACGCUACGCGCACGUCGAAGAGUCUGGUCGUGCUUAGUGCGCUCGUGCGAAUCGCCGACGAUGAGGAAGCUCCGACGAGAGAGAGAGGAAGGCUAGCGAUGAGCUGGCUGGGCGUCCGCAGCAGAACGUACGCGCCCCUCUUCAAAGUGCAGGAGGAGGAGGAGGCGGGUGAUUAUGUCACUUAG